AUCUCAGAUCAUAGACAUAGAUACUUUAUCCUAGUAUAUUACUACUACUAUUUCAAUCUGAAGCUCUAAGGUGAGUUGUGCUCAGUCCCUUCCUCGUUAACUAUACCCAUCGGUAUUAUAUACAAUAUCCGUUCCAAUUCGAUCUAUAUACCCACACCAGUAUUUAGUACUUAUUUUAUCUAACAUCCAAUCCAACCACCAGAACCAACACAACCAAUCCACUCCAAUACAUACACACAUACACAUCAUAAAGCAGAAAAAAAUGUCCCAAAACCGUCUCCCAACCGCCACCCGCGGCGGCGCCAGCUCCCAACCCACCCCCGCAAACAACUCCGGCGGAGGCAGUGGCUGGGGCGAUGAAGGACAUCCCAAGGGAGGGGGUGCUCCUACCGCAUCGGAUGAGAUCUCAUCGGAUAUCCUCACACCACCUGAAUUCCGCACCAUCGCGCAGCAGAAAGCAGCCGCGGAACGGAAAUUCAUGAGUCGAUGGGAUGAAGGUCACGAUGAGAGGGAGGGGACGUGUGCGACGGAGGAUCAUAGUUUCGCGGGGUCGAAACCGGGGGGUUCGGAUACGUUGCCCGGGUGGGGGAUUAUGAAGGAUAAGUUGGGAUUGUAAGCUCUAUCCUACCUACUCUUAUCUUUUUGAGAGGGUUAGGGGGUUGAGGAUGGUUUUAGGAAUGGGAUUGAAUGGAAUGGGCUGAUGAGAGGUGCUUGAUUAGUCUUUAUCCGGAGUAGAUCUGGGGUAUCUAUUGCUUGGGGGUUUCAGGUGUAAAAUGUUUGGGUUGGGAAGAGGAUUUUAUGAUGUGAAUGUUUGGUAUU